AUGGGUACCAAAUGGUCUACCAACCCUAUGCAUACAAUGGGUACCAGAUGGUCUACCAACCCUAUGCAUACAAUGGGCACCAGAUGGUCUACCAACCCUAUGCAUACAAUGGGUACCAGAUGGUCUACCAAUCCUAUACAUACAAUGGGUACCAGAUGGUCUACCAAUCCUAUGCAUACAAUGGGUACCAGAUGGUCUACCAAUCCUAUGCAUACAAUGGGUACCAGAUGGUCUACCAAUCCUAUGCAUACAAUAGGUACCAGAUGGUCUUCCAAUCCUAUGCAUACAAUGGGUACCAGAUGGUCUACCAAUCCUAUGCAUACAAUGGGUACUAGAUGGUCUACCAAUCCUAUGCAAACAAUGGGUACCAGAGGGUCUAGCAACCCUAUGCAUACAAUGGGUACCAGAGGGUCCAGCAACCCUAUGCAUACAAUGGGUGCCAGAGGGUCUAGCAACCCUAUGCAUACAAUGGGUACCAGAUGGUCUACCAAUCAUAUGCAUACAAUGGGUACCAGAUGGUCUACCAAUCCUAUGCAUACAAUGGGUACCAGAGGGUCUAGCAACCCUAUGCAUACAAUGGGUACCAGAGGGUCUAGCAACCCUAUGCAUACAAUGGGUGCCAGAGGGUCUAGCAACCCUAUGCAUACAAUGGGUACCAGAUGGUCUACCAAUCCUAUGCAUACAAUGGGUACCAGAUGGUCUACCAAUCCUAUGCAUACAAUGGGUAUCAGAUGUCUACCAAUCCUAUGCAUACAAUGGGUACCAGAGGGUCUAGCAACCCUAUGCAUACAAUGGGUACCAUAG